UAAAGGGGCCAAGUCCAAGACCUACUUUGCUGCAUAUCUUUCUUUUACUAUACUAUAAAUGACCAACACCAAACGCACUUCCAACCCCUCAUUUUUCUCUCCUUUUACCUUAUAUUUUUUAGUCUCGACUUUCUUGCCUUCCAAUCAAGCAUGAAUGUGUACAGAGAUCCAAACUUCUGUUACUUCCAUCCCAAAGAAAAAGUGGUGGGCGUCUGCGCUUUGUGCUUAAAUGAGAGGCUUCUUAUUUUGGCGUCCAGACGAGGCCGCCACCACUCUUCAGCUCGAAGCUGCCGGAAAACUCCCAUUAACCUCUCCAAGAUCUUUGCUUUUAGCUCUUUCAUUAGCCGUCUCGAAUUCCGGCAUUGGAAGCCGGAAAAUUCCGACGAUGAAGCCUCCACCAGUCAAGAAGACUCAUUCAUCUCAAUCAACUUUGGGAAAAAUGGAGUUGGGUCGUGGGAAGAGAACAAGGUAUCAGAGGUGUACCUGGAAAACUGCAGCCUGUCAUGGAAUCACCACUUGACUAAAGACUCCAAGGAGACCAAGACUGUGAUAGAACACGGCAAGACCCGUGCCUCGCUUAGGUGGCGGAAGCGGAUUGGCCACCUCUUCCAGCUCAUCAGAAGGAAAAGGUCCAACAAAGGGACAGUCUGCCACGUGGAAGGAGGUAAGACAAGGAAAGGCUGGAUAAGAACUCUGACAAGGUCAAGAAACACUGAGUAGACAGAAGAAAAUAUCUAUGCGUGGACUGGAAUUCAAAUGUGAUUUGUAUAAAGAUUUGAAUCAAAUCAACUACUCUUUUUUCUUUUUUGGUUAAAGAAUUUAUGAGUGUAAAUGAACUUCUGUAAUGUGCUUGAAAUAUAUCUCUUAUUUUUUUUUCUCUUA